CGCCUGGCCGGCCCGGGACCCCGCACGGGCGCCGGCCCAGGAAGUUUGCCUGCGGGAGGCCGCCGGCGGGAGGUUCUCGGCUCACUCCAAGUUGGGCGGGCGCGGCCAGCCGGGCGGGGCGAGGACCCAGCCACUUGGAGUCGGUGGCGGUUCUGUGAGAGUGGGUUUCCAGUGGCGAUGCCGGCUUUCGGAAGCCGCGAGUGACCCCUGAGGUCGGAGGGUCUCCGGCUCCGCGACAGAAGACUCUGAAGUGGCAAAGCUGGGAGAUGGGACUCAGAGGUCACUGCAUCCAGAGGGGCCUGGCAGAGGCAGGAGGCACUGCCUCCACUACCAUAGCUUUACCCACAAUGCAGAGCAUCAAGUGUGUAGUGGUGGGUGAUGGGGCUGUGGGCAAGACAUGCCUGCUCAUCUGCUACACAACCAAUGCCUUCCCCAAGGAGUACAUCCCCACAGUGUUCGACAAUUACAGUGCCCAGAGUGCAGUUGAUGGGCGCACAGUGAACCUGAACCUGUGGGACACUGCGGGCCAGGAGGAAUACGACCGCCUCCGCACACUCUCUUACCCUCAGACCAACGUCUUUGUCAUCUGUUUCUCCAUUGCCAGUCCACCCUCCUACGAGAACGUGAGGCACAAGUGGCAUCCAGAGGUGUGCCAUCACUGCCCUGAUGUGCCCAUCCUCCUGGUGGGCACCAAGAAGGACCUGAGAGCCCAGCCUGAUACCCUACGGCGCCUCAAGGAGCAGGGCCAAGCGCCCAUCACACCUCAGCAGGGCCAGGCACUGGCCAAGCAGAUCCAUGCUGUGCGCUACCUCGAGUGCUCAGCCCUGCAGCAGGACGGCGUCAAGGAAGUGUUCGCUGAGGCUGUCCGGGCUGUGCUGAACCCCACGCCAGUCAAGCGUGGGCGAUCCUGCAUCCUCUUAUGACCCUGGCCCUCAUCUUGGAGGCUGCCCCAACCCCCCACCAAUUGUGCCUUGGCGCCUUGUCUGCCCCCAGCUGUGCCUUAAGGACUAAUUCUGGCACCCCUUGCCAGGGGGCUCCCUGAAUGCCUUUUUUUCCUUAAGAAAGCCCAUGGGAAAUGGACUUUGGGUCCUACCCUACUCUGCUUGGGAACACCAGGUAUUCUCAUGAGCUCACCCAGGCCAAGGUUGAACCUCCCCAAGAAGCCAACCCAGUGUCCCCACAUCCCCCAUUUUCUGCUACUGACCAGUCAUCCAGCUUUCCACAAAGUUGUUGCCUAUUGUGGUGCCUCCUCUCAGGUUAGGGGCUCUCAGCCAUCUCUAACCUCUGCCCUUGCUGCUCUUGGAAUUGCCCCCCAAGGUGCCUUCUCUCUUCCCCAAGGAAGGAGCCACAGAAUCCUGAGAAGAUAAAUGUGUCCUAACCUGCCCCCAUGUGCCCAGGCCUUAUGCAUUUGCUGACUGACUCAGCCUCUGUGCUCCUGGGGGCCUUUCCUACCCCCAACAGCAUCAAUAAAACCUCCUGUCUUCCAGUGGCCCUGGCUCCUCCCUGUGUGCUGGACAUUAGGGGGUGGGCAUGGAGUAGGGCUCCCCAGAGACUGGGAGGCUUUUGUUCCCUCUAAGAGGGGACAGGAGACAAUAGGCUUCAUUGUGGUCCCCCAACCCACCCCCCCAAUUUCCCUAACAAAGCUCUGGGGCCCAGCCACAGAUGCUGGGAUCCUCCAUCUGUAAACCUCCAUUUUGGAGCCUUAGGAGACUCCAGGCCCAAAAACAUCCUACCAUGGACUUAUUUUCCCUCCAUCCUGGAAACCAUCUCUUACCUCAGUAACUAUCAAACAAGGAAUGAAC